UCGGUGUAAAGAAAGCCAAAGUCACUCAUCGGCAGAAUUAACGACACCGUCUCAGGUUAAAGUCCUCGGCGCCAUCCAGCGUCCCCCCCUCACCGCCCCUCACCUGAAUCCGGGCAGAUAUGAAGCCUCCGCGGGUGGUCGCAGGGUCACACCGGCCGCUGCCGCUGCUGCUGCUGCUCGCAGGUGUUUGCAUCGACUGCUACAAACCGGUCAUCAUCGUGCAUGGCAUCUUUGACGGACCAAAGCAGUUCAGAAACUUGUCUAAGUUCAUAAAGGAGGCGCAUCCAGGUACCGAGGUCACAGUCAUCGACCUGUACGACAACCUGGCCAGUCUGCAGCCGCUGUGGAAGCAGGUCCCAGACUUCAGGAAGGCCUCCAUGGCCAUCAUGCAAAAGGCUCCUGAUGGUGUCCAUCUUCUGUGCUUUUCACAAGGUGGCCUACUUUGUCGAGCACUUCUGUCCACGACUCCCAACCACAAAGUGCACACCUUCAUUUCACUGUCAUCCCCACUGGCUGGACAGUAUGGAGACACAGACUGCCUGCAGAAGGUAUUCCAUAACGUCUUAAAGAAGAACGUGCAUUAUCUUUGCUACAACAAGUUAGGACAGAAAGUGUCUAUUUGUGACUACUGGAACGACCCUCACUACAGACCCAGCUACCUGCAGCACAACAUCUUUCUGCCACUGCUAAAUGGGGAAAGAGCUCACAGAGACAUGAAAGCAUGGAGGGAAAACUUCCUUCGCAUCAAGAAGCUGGUGCUGAUUGGAGGACCAGAUGAUGGUGUCAUCACACCGUGGCAGUCAAGCCACUUCGGAUUCUAUGACAGCAACGAAAGUGUCGUAGAAAUGCAGAACCAGGAGUUUUACAGGAACGAUACGUUCGGGCUGAAGACGCUGGACGCUCGCGGCGACGUGUUGGUGUGUCUUCACUCUGGGGUGAAGCACACUACCUGGCACUCCAACUUCACAGUGUUCACGAGCUGCAUGGAGAAGUGGCUCACAUAACAAUGACUCACCUGCAGUGACACAUCAGGUGAAAGUCAGUCCCGAUGUUACCUGUUAGGGUUAGGGUUAGGGUUAGGGUCCUGUCCUGUUACCUUUGUGCAGUCAAAGAAAACAACGACUUACCUGCAGAUGUUCAGUCUUGUGCUCCUGUGAUGUUCACGUGGGACAUUUUUAACCCCAGAACACUAACGUGCACUCCGGUGACACUAACAUCGGUAUAUUUGACCCCAUCAAAAUAUAUUCAAGUUCAACAAUACAUGUCAAAUAGAAGCACUCUUCCCCAUUCAACAUCUCAUACAAAAAAGGUGGUGGGGGGGAACCAAGGCUCUAAAAUGAGUGAAAAAUUAGGGAAUCAUUAAAACAAAUCCAAAAAAAAAAAAAAUGGGACUGGGAACUUCAGCCAUGCCUGGGACACCCGAUUUUCUGAUCAUUUGAAUUCUACAUGCAGCAGCAACACAAAGGAAACCACACGACUACAACUGUGUGGGUGAAAGUCACUUUACAUUAGUUUUCUAGGGUUUAUUAUGUUAAUAUGAUUUGGAGACAAUCUGAGCAAAGCAGGGGCACAGACAGGCUACACUGGAUUCUCUUUA